AUGACGUCGGCGCCGACACGUGGAUCCAAGAUGGCGGCCCCGGGGGCUCUGAGGCUUACGUGCCCGUUCUUCCUCUUGUGGCAUGGGGUGAGUUGCUUCUACGUGCCAGGAGUGGCUCCCAUCAAUUUUCACCGGAAUGCUCCUGUAGAGAUCAAGGCUGUGAAACUCACCAGUUCGCGGACGCAGUUACCUUACGAGUAUUACUCCUUGCCCUUCUGCCGGCCGCUCAACAUCAAAUAUAAAGCUGAAAAUUUAGGUGAGGUCCUGAGAGGGGACCGCAUUGUCAACACUCCUUUCCAAGUUUCCAUGAACGUAGAGAAGAAGUGCGAGGUGUUGUGUGAUGUCCCGAACAAGCCCGUUGAGUUGACGAAGGAGAAGAGCCAAUUGGUGGUGGAACGGAUCCAGGAGGAAUACUACGUUCACCUCAUUGCCGACAACUUGCCGGUGGCUACGAGGCUGGAAUUCUACUCGACCCGUGAAGAGGAGGAGAAGAACAAGGAACGGGACCUUCAGUUUGAACAUGGCUACCGACUUGGAUUCAUGGAGAAGAACAGGUUCUUCCUGCACAACCACCUUUCCUUCAUCCUGUACUACCAUCGAGAGGAGGUGGAGGAGAACCAGGAGCCCACCUACCGGGUGGUUCGCUUCGAGGUCAUCCCGCAGAGUAUUGCACUGGCAGAUAUGAAGGCGGAUGAGAAGGGCGUUUGUGUCCUGCCCGAAGCUGCCAGCGCCUCCGCUCAAGAAAUUGACCCCAAUAAGCCCAAUAAGCUGUUUUUCACCUAUUCUGUGCACUGGGAGGAGAGUGACGUCAAGUGGGCCUCCCGUUGGGAUACUUACCUCACCAUGAGCGACGUGCAGAUCCAUUGGUUUUCCAUUGUGAACUCCGUGGUGGUAGUUUUCUUCCUUUCAGGCAUUCUCAGCAUGAUCAUCAUCCGGACACUCCGCAAAGACAUUGCCAACUACAACAAGGAAGACGACAUUGAGGACACCAUGGAGGAGUCGGGGUGGAAGCUGGUGCACGGGGACGUCUUCCGGCCGCCGCAGUAUCCCAUGAUCCUCAGCUCCCUGCUGGGCUCCGGCAUCCAGCUCUUUUGCAUGAUCCUGAUCGUUAUUUUUGUGGCCAUGCUGGGGAUGCUGUCUCCGUCCAGCCGGGGGGCUCUGAUGACCACCGCCUGUUUCCUCUUCAUGUUCAUGGGGGUCUUCGGGGGCUUCUCGGCCGGCCGCUUGUACCGCACACUCAAAGGCCAUCGGUGGAAGAAAGGCGCUUUCUGUACGGCCAUGCUGUAUCCGGGGGUCGUCUUCGGGAUAUGCUUUGUCCUAAAUUGCUUCAUCUGGGGCAAACACUCUUCGGGGGCGGUCCCGUUUCCCACCAUGCUGGCGCUGCUCUGCAUGUGGUUCGGCAUUUCCCUGCCCCUGGUGUACCUGGGCUAUUACUUCGGCUUUCGCAAGCAGCCCUACGACAAUCCCGUCCGCACCAAUCAGAUCCCAAGGCAGAUACCGGAACAGAGGUGGUACAUGAACCGGUUCGUUGGGAUCCUUAUGGCUGGAAUUCUGCCUUUUGGAGCCAUGUUUAUCGAACUUUUCUUCAUUUUCAGCGCCAUCUGGGAGAAUCAGUUCUACUACCUCUUUGGCUUCUUAUUCCUGGUGUUUAUCAUCCUGGUGGUCUCCUGUUCCCAGAUCAGCAUUGUCAUGGUGUACUUCCAGCUCUGUGCGGAGGAUUAUCGUUGGUGGUGGAGAACCUUCCUGGUCUCCGGAGGAUCUGCCUUCUACGUGCUCAUCUACGCGAUCUUCUACUUCGUGAAUAAGCUGGACAUCGUGGAAUUCAUCCCCUCCUUGCUGUACUUCGGCUACACCGCCCUCAUGGUUCUUUCUUUUUGGCUCCUGACGGGGACCAUUGGCUUCUAUGCAGCCUACAUGUUUGUCCGCAAAAUUUACGCCGCGGUGAAAAUAGACUGAAGGCGCCGACACACCCGAUGGCACCGAUUCACCGCCAGGCUUUGGUUUCCUCCUAGAAAGGAAUCUGGGAAACUUUUUCCUGUUUCUCCCAAGGGGAAAAGAAAAAACAACAACAACACCCUUUCGGGAGCAGGACGCAGGAAAUUAAAACAAAAACAAAAGUUCAACUCUUGGAAUGUAAUUUUUGGCACAAUAUCCGUGGAAUCUGGGAUCUCCUGGAGGGAAGGGUGUAUAGAUUCUUUACCUUUUAAUUCUACACUAUUCUGGAUCUAAGGGAUUUUAAAAAAAAAAAAAAAAACCAACUGCCAGUCCAUCUCUUACAAUGAAUAUUCCUCUGUCUACUUUUCGACCAUCGCUCACGAUUGCAGCGGUCGUUCUGGAAUUCAGGAGGAGAGGUUCCCCCAUUGCGUUUCGCUAGGCCCGCGCUGAAGAUGGCGGCCGCUGCGGUGCCUGGAGGAUGCCGAAAACAGGUUUGCUGGCGUUUUCUCGGGGUUAACCUGGUUUCAGCAACUCACUCUAUCCGGAGCUGCAGACGUGCUAUUUCCGAGCGAGAUAAGUGCAAUUUUUCAGAAGAGGCUUUCAAACUGUAUAAACUUCUCACCUGCCCAUCUCGGGACGGCAGCGCCAUCUCACGUUAUAACAGGAGGAACGAUAAGGGAUGUGGGACUGUUGCUCUUGAACACAUCGAAGGAUGCAACUCUGGGGAGAUUUUUUGGGGGACCCCUUCCUCCCCAAAACACCUGGAUGAUGAGAUGGGAGACCCUGAGCCAAAAAAUCCAGAUGAUCAACAUUGCCCUCUUCAUGUGCCAAGGAGUCCGUGGCUUAAGAGAAAACUCUGGCAAUUGGGGGAACAGGGAGAAGGACUUGGGCUAGCCCUGCAUUUCUGAAAAGAAUUGCUGCCCUCGGUUCUCCAGGUAUUCGUAAAACCAUGCUUCCCUCCCCUGCGCCUUCCUCUCCUCUCCAGCCAGCUCUUCCCCUGUCCAGCCUCUGUCCUUAAAAACCAGAGGUUCGGUCCAGUCUCUUUUUAUCGGGUCUCUGUGCAAACGCUGUGUUUGGAACGCAACUUGGGAAUUAAUUCACCCGCCCACGAAUCUUAUCCUGACGCUGAACGGCGACAAAAAAUUCAAUCUGGGAAACUCAAAAAAAGUUUUGCUUGUGCUGGAGUUUUGCAAGAAAAAUCGCCCCGAAUCGCUGGAGUUCCUGGAAAAACCACUUAAGACACUCUUUGGACUUUUUCUGCUUGAACAAGAAUGUGGGUUUACUUUUUUUAUUUUAACACUGCUGGGAGAAAAAAAAAAAGCAAGUUGUGGUAAGUUCCCCACCACCACCACCCGUGACCUAGAGCAGUUCACACAGUAUUUUCAUCUGAGGAUGUUUUUAAAAAACUCAAAUUUUUUUGGGGGGGGGCCCUGAAUCCUACAUGUGUUACGUGGAAGAAAAGGUUUCCGUUUUCUGUGAGCGUAUCUUAAAAAGAAGUAAAAAAAUGUAAUUUCACACCAGUGAUGACCUCUUUCACACUCCUUCCCUUCCUCUGCCCCCUCCCCAGCUUUUGCCCUGCCUAGAUGGAUGAAGGGUCUCCCACAGGUCCUCCACAAGGCCCAAGUGAGGAAAUCUGGACAGGCUUUCUUGGCGUUGUCUGUCCCCUCGCUGACCACACUGAGGUCACAUCAGCCAGAACUGAGGUUGGACCGAGGGAUUCCUUGUGUGUGUGUGGGGGGGGGUUUAACUCUGAAUUGACUUAAGUGGGUCAUUUCCCCCUGCCCCACUGGACCUGCUCCAGCCACGCUGUAUUUUUACUGUACUGUUUUGAGCCCAAAUGUAAAUAAAUCCACCAUUGUCCGA